UCUGCAAUGUUUUUAAUUAAUAUCCUGGUUACAAUCGAUCAUAGACUAAUUAUUAUUGUUAUAUAGGUAUAAUUAUAAUUAUAUCUACAAUAAAAGUGAAUCAGAAAAGAGUCAACAUCCAUACUGUACUGUCACAGCAAAUAUGCUGCCUAGAAGUAUUCUCAGCUGGUUAGUACUGCUACUGAUCCUAGCUACUGUUACCAGGAGUGAGCACUAUCACAUUGUGCCGGUGGAUUCAACUGAUUUGUGUAAUGGAUAUAAAAAUGGAACUUGUUUCACUCUCGAGCAGCUUGUUCAAACGGACCUGUUAUCUGGUGGAGAAGAUCUCACCUUGAGCUUUCUACCUGGAGAUCAUGUGCUAACUGAGCAGUUAUUGAUUAGUAACUUCUCAUACGUGCAAAUCACCAGCGAGAAUACAAAUACAACUGUAGUUGGAUUCCAUAGCAAUGGUACGAUACGUUUCGUUAGUAGAAUUACUGAAUUAAAUAUCGAACACUUGAGUUUUGUUAGAGCGAAUGUUGGACCUCAAAACUUUGAUCAAAGUUUUAUUAUCAUUGACAGUGCCCACGAUGUCUAUAUCAAAGACUGCUACUUUAUAAACUUUGAAUUACUCAAUCAGGCGGAAACUCACAUAGUUAAGAUUGCUAAUACUCAAACUGCAACAAUUGAGAGCACUCUCUUUAUGAACAACACUGGUCGGGCACUGCACGUUGAAGCUGAUGAUGUGUACAUAACAAAUAGUGUGUUCACUAGAAAUGAUGGAGGUGCAAUUGACAUUCAAUCAAACAAUGCACUGAUCAACAACACCGAGUUCAGCUACAAUAGUGCUUGGAGCGGAGGAGCAGCAGUACAAGUGGUAUCUGGUACUGUAGUAAUCACUUGGUGUAAUUUCACAAAUAACGAAGCUUCUAACUAUGGUGGAGCGAUUAGUGUUUACUCAGGUAGUGUGUUCAUCUUCGACAAUGAGCUGACAAACAACAGAGCUAGACAUAGAGGAGUGAUUAAAUUUUAUGUUGACUCAGGCAAAAUGUCCAUCUUUAACAGUAGUACGCUUGACGACAACAGUGUUGACCAUGGAGUGAUUUACGGUUUUCAGCCUUCCUUGAUCUUAAAAGACGCUAUAAAUAUUUCUUUUCAACCCUGCACAUGCCCUCUUGGACUCAAACCAAUUAAGUCUGAUAUUGAGUGCAAGUGUGACUGUGAUCCAGUCCUGCAACAAUAUCAGAUAACAAAUUGUUCUGAGAAAAAUGGGACCAUAAAACUGGAAAGUAACAUAUGGAUAAGAGUCGCAAAUACCACCAAUAGAACAGGUUAUGUUGUUAGCAACUGUACAUUUGACUAUUGUGUAGAAAAACCAGUCAAUAUCAGUUUAAGCAACCCUGACGAACAGUGUGGCAACAAUCGAAGUGGUGUCUUGUGUGGAGAAUGUGAACCAGGACUCAGUCUUGUGUUGGCUACAUCAAAAUGUAGAGAAUGCUCUAAUCUUUACCUUCUUCUACUAAUACCGUUUGCGUUGGCAGGUAUAUUGCUAGUUGCUUUAGUUCUCGUGCUCAACAUCACUAUAGCAACUGGAAAUAUUCAUGGCCUCAUAUUUUACGCCAACAUGGUAGCUGCUAAUAGAACAAUUUUCUUUCCUAAUUUAGAUAACUUUUUAACCGUUUUCGUAUCAUGGGUUAAUCUUGACCUGGGAAUUGAGACAUGUUUUUACGAUGGAAUGAACUCACAAGCAAAAGUACUCCUUCAACUUGUUUUUCUCGCUUACUUGUUUCUUCUAAUGUUUCUUAUUAUCAUUUUGAACAAGUACUAUGACUCAUUUUCAAAGCUCCUCUCCAACAGGAACCUAUUUGCUGCCCUAGGCACAUUAGCCAUACUCUCUUAUUCCAAGCUCUUACGGUUUAUCGUUGCUGCACUGCAAUACAGGGUUUUAAAUUAUCCUGAUGAUACGAAUGAUAUAGUUUGGCUGUACGAUGGCAACGUACAAUACUUCACUCCCGAUCACAUCCCUCAAUUUGUUGUUGCUGCCAUUAUCCUCAUUGCCGGUGGAUUGUUUACUAUACUACUCUUUUUUGGACAAUGGUUUUCGCACUGUUCAAUGGUUAUGAAAUGGACUAAAAACACAAAGUACAUUGGUUUCAUGGAUGCAUACCAUGCUCCAUUCACUCCCAAGCAUCGCUACUGGGUGGGACUGCUCCUCUUUGCUCUGAUUAUCCACAAUCUAGUAACUGCUAUGGCUCCAGACAUAUUUCUUCCUGUGCUAUCCUCUGGGAUUCUAUCUCUUGGACUGAUUGGAUGGAAACUGUUGAAUAAUCGUUUGUAUAAAAAUACAUUCUGUGGUUCCCUCGAAACUCUGUAUCUACUCAAUAUUGCUACUCUAGCAUUUGGCACCUUCUAUGCCAAAGAUAUUAAAAAAGAUCAGUCAGCACUAGCCAAUACUUCAAUGGCUAUAUCAUUCACUUUAUUUGUGACAACCCUCUGCUACCAUUUUUACCAAUUCAUACUCAAGAAGAGCAAUACAUGGCUGAGAAUAGAGGACACCAUAAGGAACUUAAGAGCUGGUGCUGCAGACAUGAGACUACGACGAGCUAAUGGCAGGGAUUUAUAUCUGCAGGUAGCCAAUGAAGAAGAAGACAAUAAUUUUCUUGAAGCAGUAGACGACUAUGAACAAAGAGACCCAGUGGACCAACUUUACACUGAUGGAGCCGCCAUGGACCAACCUUACACUGAUGAAACCGUGGAAGAAACUGACCCUGAUCGGUACAUCACUCCUACCAUCAUCAGACCAGCCAUGAGGCCGGACAAGCUGAGACUAUCCUACAUGGAUGAUUUAGCUCCCCUCACUACAGAGGACUACAGAAGACGAGCCACCCCUUCUCCAACAGUCAAUCAUCGUCCUGUUGUUACACACACAGAAAUCGGCCCCAUACGCGAUGAAGUGUGAGCUGACUUAUUUAGCCUUAUACAUUAUGUAUAGGCAUACUGAUAGCAUAAUUCAUAACUGUUGUUAGGCAAUUUUUGUGUUAUGUUUAUAGUUUAUAAAGAAACUGUUUUGUAGAGGCAAAAAAAGUAUAUUAAGAAUAUUUGAUUCCCAUGCAUUGGCUAACAAUUAAGACAAUUAUGUACAAGCUUAUACUAACCAUAGCUCAGUAUUAGAUUAUGCUUUUUUUCACCCAUUAUUCUAUUCUUUAAUUCUUGAAAAAUAAA